ACCCGCCCCGGUACUUGCUGGGGCCGGCAGCAGCCUACGGUGCUUACUGGCACCGAGACUUCUUGGUACCGGAACCCGGGGCAUCGGGACUUAGCAGCACAAAGAGCAGGGACCCGGGACUUACCGGCACCGGGAAUUACCGGCACCGGCAGAGGGUGCUGCGCCAGCCUCGGGGACGCGGAGGGACCGGGGGUAUCGGCAUCGGGGUGACCCGCAGAGGCCCCGGCGGGAAGGACUGGCAGGGAAGGACCGGUACCGGAGUGGCAGAUGGGCAGGAGAAGUGGCACCGGAGAGGGGAACAGGCAUCGAGGCACCGGCAGCAGGGCAGCAGCGCAGGGGCUCACCAGAGAGACUGGGAGGACAGGAAAAGGGGUGGUCCCAGCACCGGGGAGCAGGAAGGUGGCACCGGAGGGAUGAGGACCUGCCCGCGCUGCUGACGCCCUCCGCCGAAGCCCAGAUGGUGCAGUCGCUGGGCUUUGCUGUGUACCGGGCGCUGGAUUGGGGGCUGGACGAGAACGAGGAGCGAGAGCUGAGCCCGCGCCUGGAGCAGCUCAUCGACCUGAUGACCAACAGCGACUCGGAGGACAGCGGCUGCGCCACGGCCGACGAGGGCUAUGGGGGGCAGGAUGAGGAGGAGGAGGGGGGCGAGGGCCCGCCUCGCUCCGUGCGCACCUUCGGGCAGGCCAUGCGCUGCUGUGCCGCCCGCCUGGCCGAUCCCGCCGGCGCCCCGGCUCACUACCAGGCUGUCUGCCGCGCCCUCUUCGCAGAGACCGUGGAGCUCAUGGCCUUCCUCGCCAAGAUCCGCGAUGCCAAGGAGCUACUGCAGAAGCUGAAGGAGGAUGAGGAAGAGGAGGAGCGGCCGGCGGCAGAGCUGGGCAACCUGCGCAACACAGACUGGGCCCGGCUGUGGGUGCAGCUGAUGAGGGAGCUGCGGCACGGUGUGAAGCUGAAGAAGGUGCAGGAGAAGCAGUUCAACCCUCUGCCCACCGAGUACCAGCUCACGCCCUUCGAGAUGCUCAUGCAAGACAUCCGUGCCCGCAACUACAAACUCCGCAAGGUCAUGGUGGAUGGAGACAUCCCCCCCCGGGUGAAGAAAGAUGCUCACGAGCUCAUACUCGACUUCAUUCGCUCCCGGCCCCCCCUGAAGCAGGCAUCAGAGCGGCGGCUGCGGCCGCUGCCCCAGAAGCAGAGGACGCUCCACGAGAAGAUCCUGGAGGAGAUCAGGCAGGAGCGGAAGCUCCGGCCCGUGGAACAGAAAGGAUACAGCUCCUUGCCCUGCAUCCCACACGCCUGUGCUGGCCGCCUGAGCUCCAGCUCCUGCCUCGAGCUGUCCCGGUGCCCAGCCAGCGCCGUGCCCCCGCGCCCACGGCCACGCGUCCUGCUCAAGGCACCCACCCUGGCUGAGAUGGAGGAGAUGAACCUCUCCGAGGACGAGGACUCUCCGGCCACGGAGGUGCCGCUGAAGCGGGAUCGCUCCUUCUCAGAGCGGGACCUGGCACAGCUGCAGAGCCAGCUGGGGGGUGACCAGGCUGUGCCCCAGGACCCAGAGCCGCUACAGCCUGAGCCCCGGCCCCGCUCAGGCUCUGUCCCUGCCAGCUGCCACCCACUGCCAGAUGGCCCAGCACUGCCCAGGGCUGCCCUCGGCGCUGUGGAGGAGAGGCCAGAGGAUGGAUCCAGCGCUGCCCCUGCCAGCAGCUCCAAGCACCUCUGGCUGGAGUUCAGCCACCCCGUGGAGAGCCUGGCCCUGACUGUGGAGGAGAUGAUCAACGUGCGCAGGGUGCUGGUCAAGGCUGAGAUGGAGAAGUUCCUGCAGAGCAAGGAGCUGUACAGCAGCCUGCGGAAGGGGAAGGUCUGCUGCUGCUGCAGGGCCAAGUUUCCUCUUUUCUCCUGGCCCACGUCAUGUUUCUUCUGCAAAAGGUCUGUCUGUAGCUCCUGCAGUCUAAAGAUGAAGAUGCCUUCCAAGAAGCUGGCUCACAUCCCCGUCUACGCGCUGGGCUUCGAGAGCCUGCCGGGCUCGCUGCUGCCCAAGGCCCCGCCGCUGCGCCGGAGGGAGCCCUUCCACUCGCUCUCGGGGCCGUGCUGGCGCCGGGUGGAGGAGGAAUUCCCGCACAUCUACGCCCAGGGCUCGGUCCUGCGCGACGUCUGCUCCGACUGCGCCGGCUUCGUCACCGACGUGGUCAGCUCCAGCCGCCGCAGCGUGGCCGUGCUCAACGCCAGCGCCGCGUCCCGGCGCCACGCCAAGGCUCGCUCCCUCUACAGCGACGCGUGGCUCAAGUGAAGGGCCGGGAGCCCCGGUGACGGUCGCCACGGGGGUGCCGGUCACCCCGGCACAGCCCCCCGAUGUACAUAUAUACAUAGGAUGGAUACACACAGCUUCUAUAUUUAUAUACAUUAUGGACCAGGGGUCAAAAGGACCCGUUCCCGCUGUCCCCGCCGUCCCCUUCUGUCCCUGCCGCCAGCCUCCGAGGGGAUGCAUCCUGCUGUGGGACACCUGCAGCCCCCGGGAGGACGGAUCCCGCUGCGGGACAGCUCUUGAGGGAUGGAUCCUGCUGUGGGACACCCACAGCCCCUGCGUUCGCCCCCCGGCCCCGCUUCUGUGCCAAGCCCUGGCUGUGCCGGGGUGCCCGGUGCCCUGGGCUGGCAUGGCUGUUCUGUAUGUCCCCUCCAUAAUAAACCCGCUGGGCUGCCCUGGG